AUGGAAGGAGUUCACCACAUCGGACUUGGCAAGAAAGUCAAUUAUCCAUUUCGUUCAGCAUGGUGGCCAAGAUGCGGCAACCCCAUGCUCUGUUCCGAUGGGACUCCUCUGCCCGAUGGUUGCCGCUGGUUGAGUUUGGUACGGUUUCCUGUUGUUGCUUGUGUCGAGCCAUGGGUCCGUCUCUCCUUCGCACUGAGCCUACUUCUCCUGUCGCUGGCGCUUCUUCUUCUCAUCCGUCCUGCUGCUUACCAAAGUGCUUCUGCUUGCUGCCUCGGGUUGUACGAUCUCUUCUGUCACUAUCAUUCGACUCAUCAAGUUGUUAUACCUGUUUUGGAGGCUAUGGGUAGCUCGAUGCGCUUUGCCGUCCCUUUCAUAUCUGUGUGUAGUCGCAGAGGAUGGCUCUGUUCUUGCUGGUGUAGAACUCGAGCUCCCAGUGGGACAGAUCUGGUCCUAUGGAGAAGCUUGAUGAACAAGCCGAGGUGCAGCUACUUUCGACCCCUCAUGCUAUAUACCCAUAUAUACACAUGUCUCCCACUUGAUUGGUUUUGUCUCACACACAAGGCGAGCUCUGGUGGUAAAGCUGAAACUUCAUCACCUACUGUUGAAGAAAAGGAUGAUGACAAUGACCAGGCUCAAGUGAUCAGAAACAAAAGAAUGAAGUGGCAAGCAUAG